AUGAUAAAUCAGCUGCCUUCGCGCCUCACGAAUAGCGAUCUUAAUAACGCAGAAUGGGAUCUUCAUGUUGAAAACGAAAUAACUCCUGGAGACAAUCACCAUCAUAGUAUAAAUGCCUCCUCCCUACAACAAGCACCCUCACGAGCUAUUCUUUCAUUCAAUAUUGCAUCCGGAGUCGCCAUUACUAGAUCGACUGACCCAAUUUAUAAUGAAUUUUUUUCCGGUAGUGUUGGGGGCAAUAGUCGUUUGGGUUUGUCCGAUGACACAAUGGUGGUCGUUUGCAAUUGUGGUCGACCGGCCAUCGAGUUGACCGUGCGCAAAGAAGGACCCAAUCAAGGUCUGAUUUGA